AGUCAUUGUCAAUGUCAGUCAAUGUCAACAACAGCUGAUGGAAAAAAAGAUUUCUCUAACCAAAACAAUUUAAACGAUAGCCCUUGUUGUUAUUAUAAUAACAAGAGGAUAGUUCUGCGAAAUUACCUAUCAACAGGUAACUUUAGCAAUGUUGUUACGGAACAGUGUACAUCGGCUUUUUGCCGCAACUUUGAAGGAUACAAGAACCGCUACUGCUUGCCGUUCGUUGAGUUCUAUCAAUGAGGACAACGUGAGAGAAAAGUACGAUGUCAUCAUCGCUGGUGGUGGAAUGGUGGGAUGCACCUUAGCCUGCGCUAUGGGUAAAAACUCUCUUCUAUCCAAUUUGAAAGUGCUCCUAUUGGAAGGAAGCCCCAUGCAAAAAUUUGAACUGAAGCCUGAAUACAGUAAUAGAGUUGUAGCGCUGAACCAAAAUACAAAGAGCUUGAUGAACUCUCUUAAGAUUUGGAGGCAUGUGGAAAAAGCUCGGCUACAACCUGUCCGGCACAUGCAAGUUUGGGAUGCUUGCUCCGAUGCCCUGAUAUCUUUUGACAGUGCGGACAUGUCUGAUGAUGAUCUAGCAUACAUUGUUGAAAAUGAUCUGCUCUUGCACGCAGUGAAUACUGAACUUAUGGCAUCAGAUAUUAGAAAUGUCAAAAUUGUUUACGGAGCUAAGAUAGCAGAUUACCAAUUGGCUAAGAGCACAAAGGAGGCAUCUACUCAGAACUUGGUGAAAAUGAGCAACGGAGAUGUUUACGCCUGUGAUUUAUUGAUCGGUGCUGAUGGCGCAAACUCCGCCGUCCGCAAGGCGAUGGGUGUGCAGUACUUGUCGUGGAACUACGACCAGAUGGGAGUCGUGGCCACUUUACAUUUAGCUGAGGAAGUAAACAACGACAUAGCGUGGCAGCGAUGGCUGCCUACCGGUCCCGUUGCUCUGCUACCGCUCGACGCCACACGCAGCUCUCUUGUAUGGUCCACCUGGCAGGAUAACGCUAAGGAACUACUCAAGCUCUCUGACGAGUCCUUCGUGGAUGCCCUCAACGACGCUUUGUGGAAGCAGUAUCCUCGCAGCAGCAGCGUGGACGCGUGCAUGUCUUGGCUGGGCUCUUGGUUGAAGAGAGCCGGGCUGCCGGACGGGGAAGCGAGACAACUACCGCCCUCUAUCAAGAGCAUUGCGCCUAACUCACGCGCAGCCUUCCCGCUUGGUUUCGGGCAUAGUACGAGAUAUAUCGCUCCUGGUGUUGCGCUUGUGGGGGACGCCGCACACCGUGUUCACCCGCUGGCCGGGCAAGGAGUCAAUCUUGGUUUUGGUGACGUCAAGGACUUAACAACCUUCUUAGCAGAUUCCAUUUACACAGGCUUCGAAAUAACCCAUCACAGCUGGCUGCAAAAAUACGAGAGCUCCCGGCAACGGCAUAACGUGCCCACGCAGAUAGCAGUGGAUGCUCUGCACCGGCUGUACACGCUGCAGCUGCCACCAGCGGUCCUGGCGCGGAGCCUCGGGCUCCAGCUCACUAACGCCCUCCACCCCGUCAAGAAAAUGUUGAUAUCACACGCUACUACGUAAAUGGAUUCGAUUCUGUUGGAGUGAGACGACUUGAUCCUUGGAAAGGGUUUUUGGAUUCUAGAAUAACUUCUUUUUCGGAUUAAGAAUCUACCACGAUCACGAAAUAGUUAAAAAAUGUUUUAAUUAUUACUUAUUUGUAUAACUAUUUCGUGAGCACGACAACUAUUUUAAUUACUUAUGUCUAUGUAUUUAUUCGAAAUAAAAAUAUUACCUA